UGAUGUGUCUUCUCACUGAACAUCCUUUCACGACUACAUCACUGUUGCCUUGACAUAGGGUGCCUUGUAGAAGGGCUCUUAGGGACUAAAGUAUAAUGUAUGCAGGACUGAGAAAAGGACGAUCCCCACUGCAGAACUCACUGCCUGUGGAAGAUGUGGGCAAGUGACAAAAAGCACACUGAACUAGGACUCCAAACAUGAUUCUUUUGUUUGGCUGUGUUCAGCAAACAUUUAAGGACACCUGCUCUGUAAUAGGCACUGUGCUGGACCCUGGGAAAGGACUGGCAAGACAUAGGCGCUGACCUCCAUAGGUCUCAGGCACAGCAUUCUGAGCUCAGGCUACAAUUCUAAUCGACCUUGGUGAAGGAAAGAUGUUUCAAGAGGCCCUCAUCAGUUUAAAGGCUGGUGAAAAAAUGCCAGUUUCACACAGGUAAAACACCAAAUAAAUCCUCUGAACCAGAGCAUUUUUCUCUCCUACUUUCACAGAAUCUAGCUGCUCAUUUUCCCACCAGGGAUGCUCCUCUCUGCAACUCAGGCCUAAUGAAUCUGCUUUUAUUUCCUGGGGGCCUAAACUCACAAAAUCAGCAGAGAUGGUCAAUAAGAAGAGCAUCAGAAAACUGUGUUCUAGCCCUGGUCUAGCUUUAUCUCUAGAAAGCUCGACAUAUUAUUUUUCAGUGUUCUCGUCUGCAAAGUGCUGUAAAAUGAAGAGCUGUAAAGUGAACUCUGUGCAAAAACUGUGAAAACUUUUUGCUAGUGGGUGAAGGGUUACAGGACAUGACUUCCUCUGCCCGCCUACGCCACUUUGGUGUGUGGAUUAUCUUGAGCUUAAGUCACUUUAGACCCUGAGAGCUCCGGAGAAACUUCUGUCCUCCCUUAACCACACAGAAGAAUCUGAAUUGGGGUCUUUCCCAGAAUAAGGAUUAUUAACAGAGAUAAAUUUUAUCUGAGUGAGCCAUCUGCAUGGUAAGGCCAACAUCUAAUUACCAAACAUCUGCUCAUCUUAUUGCUCUAUGAAAGUGCAUUCCUUUCAUCUUAAGUCCCAGACGCCUACCUCCUUUUUAGUUCAGAAUGACAUAUAUACCUCAUUGUGCCUAUCUUUGGAAUUUCCAUGUCUACGCGAAGUUCCUUAUACCUAUGCCUAUUAGAUUUGAUUUUUCUCUUGUUAAUCUGUCUCAUGUGAAUUUGAUUCUUCGUGCAUCUAGAAAGACCUUUGAGGAGACAAGAAUUCUUGCUCCCCGACAAAGGAAAGUGCAAAAACCCAAGGCCAGAGGCAGCGACCUUCAAACUAUCCCGAGUUAGGCUGCCACUUUCAAAUCGACUCUUCAAGCGCGCAAGUACCGUAGUGCUAAGGUAGAGAGACUGCGCAUGUGCCGUAAGGCCCUUGCCAGUACCCGUAGCUUCCCUUUAGGUUUUGGCCCCGCCCACCACCAGCGCCCUCGUUUCCGGUUCAGCCCAGGAAGCUUCCGAGGGUUUCUGGCCCCGGCGUCUCUGGACCGACCAUCUCUCCAACGUUUUUCCAGGUCUUUCGGUUGCUGGGGAAGGUAGUUGCCAAUAAAGUUGCCCCGUUUCAGAGUCUGGCGGGUUGGGCCGGGUGCGUCCUCUGUCCCCUUGCUCAUUGCCCGCAGUCUUUCUAGGCUACAGGCAAGGAGUUUCAAGGCGUCAUGGCUAGGGGCCGGUUCGGCCCGGCUGGUCUGAGGCCAACUUUCGUUGCCCGCGCGCUGUCAUGGCUUUUGGUCCCGCUGGUGUCCGCCUCAGCGUGAGUGGGUCCCUCCGCGCCCACGGGCCGCCGUCUGAUGGACCCCAUGGCCUCCGAGGCUCCGUCGCCUUCGUUGUCGCCGUCGUCACCUCCCUCCCCUGAGCCUGAGCUGGCCCAGCUGAGGCGGAAGGUGGAGAAGUUGGAACGCGAGCUGCGGAGCUGCAAGCGGCAAGUGCGGGAGAUCGAGAAGCUGCUGCAUCACACGGAGCGACUGUACCAGAGCGCAGAGAGCAACAACCAGGAGCUCCGCACCCAGGUAGAAGAGCUCAGUAAAAUACUCCACUGUGGGAGAAAUGAAGACAAUCAGAAGUCUGAUGUAGAAGUACAAACAGAGAACCACCCUGCCUGGUCAAUCUCAGAUUAUUAUUAUCAGACAUACUAUAAGGAUGUUAGUCUUCCAAAUAAAGUGACUGAACUCUCAGUUCAGCAAGAUCAGGAUAUCGAAGCUUCUACUUUUAAUUCUGAAGACCAGUCACAAAUAGAAAAUGAUGCUUACACUGGUACUGAUACAACAGAACAUGUUAAAUGUGCAGAAGAGGACCAUUUUGCCUCAAAUUCAAAUUCACAGGAGCCAGCAUCUGUAUUAGCAGCAGAAGAUACGUCCUUAGAAGGUUCUUCAUUAGCUGAAAGUUUGAGAGCUGCAGCAGAAGCUGCUGUGUCUCAGACUGGAUUUAGUUAUGAUGAGAACACUGGACUGUAUUUUGAUCACAGCACUGGUUUCUAUUAUGAUUCUGAAAAUCAACUAUAUUAUGAUCCUUCCACUGGAAUUUAUUACUACUGUGAUGUGGAAAGUGGUCGAUAUCAAUUUCAUUCUCGAGUUGAUUUGCAACCUUAUCAAACAUGUGGCACAAAACAAAGUAAGGAUAAAAAAUUGAAGAAGAAAAGAAAGGAUCCAGAUUCUUCUGUAACAAAUGAGGAAAAGGAUUUGAAUUCAGAAGAUCAGAAAGCAUCCAGUGUUGAACAUAUAAGCUACAGUGAGGGAGAAGAUUUUGCAAAUGUGAAGAAGAAGGCCAAAAUAGACAUCCAUUACAAAAAUAGUCCCCCCAAAUUUACUGUUCCAGUUAGCAGAAAGACUACAGAAUCUUCUCUUACUGAAAACAUUUAUAAUUCGACGUCGUUUAAAGAGGAGAAAAUCAUGGAGACUGAUAGUGAGCCAGAAGAAGGUGAAAUUACAGACUCUCAGACAGAGGACAGUUAUGAUGAAGACAUUACCAGUGAAGACAAUGUGACUGCAGAAGAUAGUGAGGAUGAAGAUGAAAAAAUUUGGCCCCCAUGUAUUAGAGUAAUUGUUAUUAGAUCACCAGUAUUGCAGACAGGAUCACUUUUUAUCAUUACAGCUGUAAACCCUGCUACAAUUGGAAGAGAAAAAGAUAUGGAGCAUACUCUCCGAAUCCCUGAAGUUGGUGUUAGUAAGUUUCAUGCAGAAGUUUAUUUUGACCAUGACUUACAAAGUUAUGUCCUUGUGGAUCAAGGUAGUCAAAAUGGUACAAUUGUUAAUGGAAAACAGAUUCUUCAGCCUAAAACUAAAUGUGACCCUUACGUACUUGAGCAUGGUGAUGAAGUGAAAAUUGGAGAGACUGUGCUGUCUUUUCACAUCCACCCUGGCAGUGAUACCUGCGAUGGCUGUGAACCAGGACAGGUUCGAGCUCACCUUCGUCUUGAUAAGAAAGAUGAAUGUUUCGUUGGUCCAACGCUAAGUAAGGAGGAAAAAGAGUUGGAAAGGAGGAAAGAAUUAAAGAAAAUACGAGUAAAAUAUGGUUUGCAGAAUACAGACUAUGAAGAUGAAAAGGCGUUGAAGAAUCCAAAAUACAAAGAUAGAGCUGGGAAACGGAGGGAGCAGAUUGGAAGUGAAGGGACUUUCCAAAGAGAUGAUGCUCCUGCAUCUGUUCAUUCUGAAAUUACUGAUAGCAACAAAGGUCGGAAGAUGUUGGAGAAGAUGGGUUGGAAAAAAGGAGAGGGCCUAGGGAAGGACGGUGGAGGAAUGAAAAUUCCGAUCCAGCUUCAGCUUCGCCGAACGCAUGCAGGCUUGGGGACAGGCAAGCCAUCCUCGAUUGAAGAUGUUCAGCUUCUCCAAAACAAAAGCAAAAAGAACUGGGAGAAAGCACGAGAGAGGUUUGCUGAAAACUUCCCAGAAACUAAAUCUCAAAAAGAUGUGCCAGGAACCGUCCCUUGGGUCAAAGGGACCGUAGAGUGAAGAUUUUAUGUAUUGAUUUGAGAGAGCGCACGAGUGGGUGAGGGGAAGAGGAAGAGGGAGAAGUAGACUGCCUGCUGAGCAUGGAGCCCAACACGGGGUCGACCCCAGGACCCAAAGAUCACGACCCAGGCCGAAGUCAGACGCCCAGUCGACUGAGCCACCCAGGUGCACCUCCACCACCACCCCCCGCCCCCAACUUUUAAAAGUUUUUAUUUCUGAUGUUUCAUUUUUAUUCCGGUUGUGAACUUGAGAAAUUUAAUAACUCACCCAAGUCAGAUACCUUCCAACUUCUUGUGUAAAAGAUUAUGUCUUAAUUUGGCACAUUUUCUAAGAGCACGCAAAAGAAGAUAGAAAUCUCAAAUAAGGGAAAGCAAGAGGUGUCAGAGAUUGUGUAGAAAGGCCAUCCAGUCAAGUUGCAGGACAAAGGGAUGUGCUUGCCAGAGAGCCAGCAAGCUGUCUCUGGACCCAAGACCUAAAGGUGUUCCCUGUGUUUCCCCAUCAUCUUGUUUUAAGCAUGCUUCUUAUUUUUGUAGAACAUCACUUAUAUCUCUGCUCUGAAUCUUUAAUCCAAAACACUUCAUUUUACUUUUUCAGACUUUAAAGUGGAAAUACACAUUUGGGUUCUUUAAAAUGAGUUAGUUUUUAUGUGUGUGUCUAUGUGUAUCAGAGCCCAGGCUUGCUUUCUGCCUUUCUGUUUUACUAAUCUUGGCAUUGGUUUAUGGCCUUCUAGUUGCAAAUGAAUUGGAACUCCUCUGUCAUUAUAUUCAUGUCCAAAAGGAAGAAAUGGAAAAGAGAGCAGUAUUUGUUAGUUAUGUUUUACCAGGAAGGUAAAAGGUUACUCAGAAACUCUCAAAGCAGACUUCUCCUUAGGGUCAUUAGCCAGAAUCUGAUAACACAACUACCCAUAGUUGCAAGGGAAGUUGAAAAGGUGGGCAACAGGAUGGUCUUACUUGGCGUAAGCCUGUCAUCAACCAUCACCUGGGACUGAACGUAUUCUGUUGGAACAAAAUCAGGGUUCAGUGAAUAAGGCAGAAAGGGGACAGUGGAUAUUGAAUGGAUAGGUAACUGGCUGCCCGAUAACCCAGCUCUCCAUCAGUGGGGAUUCUGUGGGGUUGGUUAAAUUGUUUUGCAGUCCUGUGUAAUACUUUGAAGCCAUUCAGAUGUGUAAGGUAGAAUUAUGUAUACCCUGAUAAAGAAUAUUCUUACUACAUUACUGACUUGUAGAAAAGUGUGUGUAGCCUGAUCUCAUUUUUUAAAAAUACAAGGGUACACAUCAGAUUGUUAAUACUAAUUGCCGAAGAAGUGAGCAGACUUUCACAUUUUAUUAUUUCUAUAUGUGACCUUGAAGUCGGUAUAACUGUGCACUUACCUAUGUGUACUCAUACACAUUUAUAAUAGGUAGGAAUACAACACUUGAAAGUGGAAAGGCCUUCAGGUCUCAUCCCAGGCAUUUUCCUCACUCUCGUGUGCCGCACUUCAUUUACCAUUUAUGUACCCAUGGCUUCAGGUUGUCUUAGCCAAGCUACAUCUCCAACUCAGUCACCUUAAAUGCAACAUGUUUAAGACUGAAUCCAUAGUCUUCUCCAAACCUGGUCUUUUCCAGUUUGUUCUCUCGGCUGACAGCACCAUCUAUCCAGUUUUGUAACCUAGAACCUAGGAGUCAGCGUCUAUUUCAUACACUCACCCUCCAUCCCCUCUCCCAGUUUCCCAUAUAGUAAAUCAGUUUGCUGUCAACACCCACCUGGACUGUUUAACUUCCCAGCUGGUCUCCCCGCAGUCACCCCGUCCUUCCUCCAGUCCAUCCUCCACACUGUGGUCUGGUCACAGAGUCUUCACAGCUCCUCUUUCGUCAUCUCCUAUUUAAAUCCUCCUGUGGCUUCGCAUUACUUUGAGGACAGAGCACAAUCCUCGCCCAUAACACCAUAGCUGGUCUAGCCACCGCCAGCUUCUUCCCGUCCUGUCUUCUAUCACUCCCACAUGUUGUCAGGCUCCAGCACACUGGCCUUUUUUUCAGUUCCUCAAACAUGCCACACCCUCUCUGACUCUAGGGCCACUGAUCUUCUGUCAUGUCUGCAUUGCUCUUCCUUUGCCCUUUUACGUAGGUAAUUCUGACAUUUAGAUCUCUGCUAAUUGAUUCUCUUCAGGGAUGCGUCCCUUGUCCCUUUGAUUGAUUGCCUUUGAUAAAUGUUCUUGGAAAUCCAUAUUUCUUUCAUUUAGAUUAUUUACUUUGGGUCACAGAUAUUAAUGUGAUUAGUACAGCAUUUGUCUGUCUAGAUUCUUAAGUGCCAUGUGGGCAAGACCUUGCUUUUUCCUCUCAGCUGUAUUUCCAGUGCCUAGCACUGUGCCUGGCUUAUAGCUUACACGCAGGCAGUGAAAGAGCAGGGUGGCUUGGGGAACUGCAAGUGGCUUGAUAUAGAUGGGGUUUUUGUGACUGAGGAAACAUGGAAGGAACUGAGGCUGCACAGAGGGUGUGAAGUAAUGGCUUUCAGACCAUUUUGACCAUGAUCCAUGUUAAAAAGUACAGUUUAUAUCAUGGCUCAGAUUGUAAGUGUGUUGUAUGUACAUUUAUGACAGGUUUUAUUUUUUUUUAAGGUUUUAUUUAUUAUUAGAGCAGGAGGAGGAGCAGAGGGAGAGGGACAAGAGACUCCAUGCUCAGCAUAGAGCCCAGCAUGGGGCUCAAUCCCAGGACACUGAGAUUGAGAUCAUGACCUGAGCUGAAACCAAGAGUCAGUUGCUUAACAGACUGAGCCACCCAGGCACCCCUGUAAUGGGUUUUAUAUACCAAUACUUAGCUGUUAGUUCACUUAAUGUACUCAUUACUUUUGUUUUCCAAAUCACUGAUUCCAACCACUAAAUUGAUUUCGUAAUCCACUGAUGGGUUAUGUUCUACAAUUAGAAACAUCGGAUUUAAAACUUGAUUUUCAAAUAGUUUGACAGAACCUAUGGCAUUGCAUUAGAGGAGCUGCAGGUAGGGCUGUGUGUGUGUGUGUGUGUGUGUGUGUGUGUGUGUGUGUGAGAGAGAGAGAAUGAGUGCUGGGGAUGGGAAGGGGUUAGGAUGCAAACUGGUGACUCCGGUUCUCAUGCUGUUACUAGAACUUGUCUACAUUGAUUUGGCGUCCAGAUAGGUUUCAUAUGGAGAAAGAGUUUCACUGCUUAAAGAGGAGCGGGUGGGGAGGGGAACUGAACCACAUACCUGUAGCUAUAAUACUGUGUUCAGAAAUCUGGAUUGGGGCUCCUGGUUGGGCUCAGUUGGUAGCGCAUAGAACUCUUGGUCUUGGGGUUGUGAGUUCAAGCCCCACAUUCGGUGCGGAGCCUACUUUAAAAAAAUAAUAAUAAAAAAAGAAAUUUGGAUUUUAUCUCUUCCACAGUGAGGAAUUCCUGAAGGAUUUUAAGCAGUGAAACGUUCUCAUUAGAUUGCUUUAUAAGCAAAAUAACUGGCUGAUUGAAGAGGUGCCGAGUGGAGGCUAACACACCUCCUUGAAGGCUUUUUCCAUCAGUUACUUACUGAGCACCUAUCAGGAGUUGUGCAGACCUGUGACAGCAGGGACCUUGUUGGUCUUGUUCACUGUUGUAUCUUCAGUACCUGUCACAGCAUUGGAUGUUUAGGAGUGUGUGUUGGUCGGAUGGAGGGAACACACAUUUGUGGCAUGUCAGACACUGUGCUAAGCACUUAACAUACAUUACCUUCUUUAUUCCUGCCAGUAUUUUAUGAAUUAGAAAACUGAGGUUUGGAGAGGUUUUUAUUUUGCUCAAAAUCAAAAAGUCUCUGUGGCACAGUGGCAGAGCUGGGGUUUAAAUCUUGAUUCUUUUCAUCUCAGUGCACUGUUAAGAGCACAGGCUAGGGAGUCUGGCUGAUUUGGAUUCACAUUUUAGCUCUACCACUCUUGAGCUGAGCGAUGUUUAAAAAUGUAUUUAAACCUCUAUCUUUAAUGUCUUCACGCAGCUAUUGGGAAGUUUAAAUAAGAUAAGGCCUGUGUGGUACUGAACAGUGUCCAGUGCAUAAUAAGCCCUCAGAUAUUAGCAGUUAUUAGUGUUAUUAUGCCAUGCUACCGAUAGCAAGGGCUCAGUUGUAGGAGAAGCAUCCUGGGGUAGGUAUGGUGGUUAUUGAAGUCAGAGGAAGGGUGAGGGGUGGCGUGAAGUAAGUGCUUGUGUCAUCCUCAUUCCUCCAGGUGAUGAUAGGAGGUACACUUAACGAGUACUGUAGAAUGAGCAGGAGACUAGUAGAUGGUAGUGAGAAAGGGUAGAAGGUCUCGUAGGUGACCCUUUGAGGUCCUCCUCAAAGAGGGGGGAGAUUCUGCAUGACUUUGGAAAUGAAGCCAUCUGGAGAAGGUGAUAGGGACAUCCAGCAGGGCCACCCUGGCUCUCAGUUCAUUGUAGGAGCAGGAGAACUAUAGGGAGAACUGCAAAAGGGACUAGUUUUCAAACAGUAAAAUCUUUGAACAGUAUGCAUUCAUUCAGCAGAUAGCCUUGAGGAACUUAAUAAAGUCCGGGCACUAUGCUAGGCACUCAGGAUACAGUAGUAAACGGGACAAGACUCCUGUAAUCUUGGAGCUUACCUUUACUUUUAGAUGGUAUUUGUAGAGUAUAAAGGCCAAGUAGUCACAUGAAAGCCUUGAUAGUCCAGAGUAUUAAUCCAAAACAGUUUCUGUUCAUUUCAAAGUUCUUGCAGAAGCCGAAGUUCUUGGGGUGGAGGGGAGGGGAAAGGAACAGUUUGUGUUUUUCAAAUGUUUUCACAUCUGUCCCUAAACUAGACCUUUUUAGGGGUAUCUUAUAAACUCUGCCUUGAAAAAAAUGUGAAUUCAGGGUUUUGGAUAUGUAGACGACAGUGAAACCUUACUGAUGCUGCAGCCUCUCAUUCAGUUAUGUAUCCUCUCUAGUUACCUGUGAGCGAUAGUGACUGCCUGCUCACGCACUGGGUUUGUGGUUCUGAGUCUGAACAAUAGAUUACUGAAGUACCAAAAAAAAAAAAACCCAACCUGAAUCAGGUCAUUGGAAAUUGGAGUUGAUGGAGAACAUGUAAAUCAGAAAGUCCCUGGAGGAUGAGAAGCAGACACACUUGGGGAAGUUAAUGUGAAUGGAGGCAAACAAUGACUUCUGCCUGCUUGAGGAAGAAUGAUUUUUCAGAAAUUCUUCCAACAAAAAGCUAGCUUUCUUCCUCUGUGUUAAGAUGCCAUGGUAUUUCAUUGUCCCAAAUGCAAAAGAGAGGGAGAAGUUGGUAGAAUAUUAUUAAAUGUAUUUAAACAUGUGAGUGUGUUGCUUAGCCUUCAAUUACUAGUAGACUGCAGAGGCCAGGAAGGUUGCCAACUCAUUCAUCUGAUCAUUACUUAUCUUGACCAAAGGCCCGGGAGAAUAUAUACUGAAAUAAUAAAGCUUUCAUUAGCAUUUAAUGCUUUUCCUUAAAGCCUUUAUUUUAAUACUAUGAAAUCAGGUUUCAGAGAAUGUCAUAAUUAAAAUUUUUAUAAAAAGAAACAUUUAAUACUAUUUAAAUAUGUAAUGACUCCCAGUGCUAUUGGAAUUAAUUCACAUCAUAAACCCACUAAAGUGGGCUUUAAUGUCUAUUAUGACCAUGCUACCUUUACUUAACCUUAAUAUAUAACACUAUCAAGGCCAAUUUAUGAGCCACACAAAAAUAAUUAUUGCUUUAUUAUAAUCACACCUUAUUAACCAGAAAUGUUAAUCUGGUUAAUCAUCUACUAUAUUUACCAGACUGGGCUCUGAGUAACUGGCAGCUCUUUUCAAAAAUUAAAAUUUUUUGCCAACUUAAGGAUGUUUUUAAGAACUUUCCAGAGAUUCUGAGUGCUACUCUAGAAGAGGAGUUCCAGGGAUGUUUUAAGCAUGGAAGCAUUUUUGGAGUAACUAGUCUUUCAGGAUGACUUCUUUGAAGGGAAAAGUACUUAGAUGGAAAUUUUACUUGUAAUUUAUAGUCACAAGUCAUACAGAAUUUUGACUGGAUUAGAUCAUUUGAGAACUCAGGUAUCUAUCAUGAAGGAAAAUGACUUGGCAAACCUUUGUGGCUUGUGAGCAGCUGCUCUCAGGAAUCAUCCCAGGGAACUUGCUCUUUCUGAGAUCCUUUGGACUGAUUUUGAGCUCCCAUUCAGCUAAGUAAGAGAAAAAGAAGUCAUUGUUCCUGCAUUUCAACUAUUUGUCAGAUUUACCCAAAUAAUAUCUUAAUCAUUGUGACAACCCUGUAAGGUCUGUAUUAUCCCCAUUUUACUGAUGAGGAAACUGGGUUUCAGAGAGGUUAAGGGGGGUUGCCAAGGUGACAUGUAACAUACAUGGUUGGAAGCUUGGAUUUUUUAAUUGUAUUUCAACAUGUUUAUUAAUCAUAAUAUUUGGGUACUCUCUUUUUUGGGGGAAGCUUAAAUUUUAAUUCAUAUCUGACUCCAAAGGCUUGACAACUCACACAUCAGCACCUGACCUUCCUUGUCAACCAGAUCCUAGUUAGUGCACAGAUACUUAAAUAUUUAGUUCUUGACACUAUGGAGGCCUCUGAUUUCCCCCCAGAGGCAUCCUUCACACCCACCUUGCAGGUAUCUGUCUCAGAAAAGUCUAUGAGCACUCCCUGCACUAGGCAGAUUUACAAGGAGGGGAGGAUUAGGACCCCCAUCAAAGUAUUGAUUUCUGGGGAAUAGUGGCUCCCCAUCAAGCACUUUGCCUUUGUCACAUACCUGCAAACCUAAGCAAGGCAGGAUAAUGCUGUGUGGUAGGCAGAUAAUAGAUCCCCCACCCUUGCCCCCCAGCAAAUGUCUAUGUCCUCAUCCUUGGAAAGUAUCAAUAUGUUACCUGGCAGGGAAGAAUUAAAGUUGCAGAUAGAAUUAGGUUGCUAACCAGCUGACCAUAAAAUAAGGAGAAGAGUCCAUGUAAUGUGGAGGAGGGUAGCAGAGUGAUGCAAUGUGAGAAAGAAUGGCCCUUGCUGACCUUGAGGAUAGGAAGGGGCUACAAGCCAAGGAAUGUGGGCAGCCUCUAGAAGCCGAAAAAGGCCAAAAAACAUCUCCUAGAGCCUCUGGAAAGGAACAUAGCUCUGCUGACAUUGAGUCUAGUUUCAGAAUUCUGACCUGAAGAACUGUAAGAUAAUACACUUGUGUUGUUUUUAGCCACUAGGUUUGUGGUAAUUUUUUACAUCUGCAAUAGCAAACUAAUAGAAUGGCCAGCCUCACUUCUUGAAGGUCUGGCUUACCCCCAGUACCAGAGCUUGUGGAUGGAAAGCAGCCAACGUCAACCCAAGUGUCAGUAGGCACUCCAGCCAGGAUAGCAGUGGUGAAGAGGUGGGCCACGAGGGAAGGCUGGGAGGAAGUGCAACUCUUUGGCCCAGGUAUGACCAGGAUCCAUGGAUUGACCUCCAGCCUCCAAUGUGCUGUUGUCUUUCAGCAGGUCACUUCACCUUGUUGAAGUGUGUGGCCUCAUUUGUAAAAUAUGGACAGUUAUACUUGCUCUGCCUGCAGGGUGUCAUGAGGACAAAAGGGGGGGUACAAGAGAGCAUAUUCACUACUGCUGCACGCAUCGUCAGUUCUAGGGAGUGAAUGAUGGAGUCAGUACCUCAGUACUAUGGAAGAAGUUUAACACACUCCUGUUAUUUUUGAGACUGUCACUUUGAACAUUUACUUCUAAAUUUUCAGUGAACAAGAAAAUCCAGUUAAACCAAGCAACUCAUUGACUCUAAGGUCAGUGGAUGUUAAACUGUAUUUCAUGUAAUCCUAACGAUGUUGGAGCCAAAGAGGACCUUAACGAUCACCUCAUCCGUUUUGCAGACAAGCAGAUUUAGGUUGUGGAAAGGUAAGAAGUUCAAACCUUUAGAAAUAGAAUUCCCUGUUGAGUGGCAGCAAAACAAAAGCCCAGUUUUUAUGAAUCCCUUCUAAGAUGUUUAAGACAUGGACAGCUAUUUAAAAUUGAAAGUCAGCCCAAACCAGCUCUUCCCUCUCCAGCUCCAGGGAUGACAGCUUAGGUGCAUAAUAAGGGUUCUAGCUGUUUUAACUUCGGUUGUCAGGACCCUGCUUUGCUUCCCCCUCCUCUCUGCAAAAUUUUAACUUAAAGAGGUGACUGAUCACUUUACAUCAUGGCAGGAGUUCAGGAGUUAGGUUCAGAGCAUUCUGCCUCCCCAGUCCAGCCAUCCACCUUGUCACUGUGUGCUGCCUGGGUGGCACUAUUAGCAAGCCCAGUGACAGAAGUCAGGGAAGCCCUGCUGAUCGAGGUGAGGUGUGUCACUGUCACCCAUCAGCAAUGACAGCUCUCUGUGAGCCGACUGUCGCAGGCAGAGAGACCAGUGCAGUCGCCAUAACCCACCUCGACUGUCAUGCAUCAGCAAUAACUCUGUGAGCCAACUGUGUCGCAGACAGAGAGACCAGUGCAGUCCCCAUAACCCAUCUCUAUGUUCUCUGGAGUCCAGCUUGACUUAUUGGUCCUGACAGCCCUUGGGCUUUGACAGAUGUGCCAGCAGAAGUCUUUAAGGCCAAAGAGGCACAAUAUCUGUUGAGGUUGGAGUCAGGUGAACCACCAUAGCCACUAACUCCUGGUAGUGAGCAAGCCACUCUGGGGCUCAUUUUUCUCUCCUGUCAAAUGAUAGUGUUAGGCUGGACAAGGGCUGCAUUUCUCUCUAGGCUUUUCUAAAAGUGGGGGUUACAUCAGUCCUUGUGUUGGGUUUUGUUUAUUUUACCUAAGAAAGUGGAAUGCUGAUGGUCAGGAAUUCUCAUUUGAGAAAUAUAAAUAAUUUCACUUUUGAUUAUAAAAGUAAUUCAUGCUUGGUAUAAAAAAGUACAAUGCAGAAGUAUAGAAAACAGAAAGUCAAAUCUCUUUGCUUAACUCCCACAGCCAGCACUAAGUUAUUAGGGUAACUAUGCCCCCUGUCCCCGAAACAGAGGCUGUUGGUGCUCCCAUUCGUCUUCUUUCUUGAGGGAGCACUUAGAGAUUCUGAAAGUCAAUCUUUGCCGAUAUUAGUGGUUCUAACAGCUGGUGAAAUAGAAGAGUAACAUUUAUAGGUUUCUUUCUUCUAAAAAGUUCAAAUUCCUCUAAUAGCUGAAGUUAUACAUCCACAUGAAGCCGUUAUAUUUCAGUACUUAAUAAAAAUAGCAUACUAUUGUUAGGAUAAUGUAAAGAUUGUGAAAGACAAAAGAAUACAUUAAAAUGUUUAUAGCAGUUUUACUAAGGUGACAGGACUUUGGAGGAUGUUGUUCUGAUUUCUUCCUAGGUUGGGGCAUUGCAUUUGUGUUACUUGUGUAAUGAAAAACAUUUUAAGAAAAACAUUCCUGAUAAUGACAUACUAGUAAUGACAUACUAAUUUGGAUUCCAAUCAAACAGUGCAAUAAUGGACAUUUACUAAACCUUUAUUGACUAAACAGCUUAAAAAUUAUUACUGCUGUUUCUUUCUAGGCUAUUUUUUUUCUGCUGUGAAUUCUACUCAGAAUUAAAGAUAAAUGAAUAAUUGUCUUAAUAACUGGGAAGACUAACUUGUAAAACUCAACAAAUUGAAUUCAAUGCCUCAGAUAUUUAUUGAGCAGCUAUUACAUGAAAAGCACUAUGGGAAUAGAAGGAUAACCCAAGGGCUCAGGGUCUGGCAGGAGAGGGAAGACAAGAACCCAUAGAGUCAUAUGCCAGAUGAUGGCCUGUUUUAAGUGUUAUGAGAUUAUAAAAUGCUGAGGAGUCCAGAGGAGUAAAGAAUCAUCUAUUAGGAGUAAUCAAGGAAAACUUCAUGCAGGUAAUCAAAUUGGAGCUUCGUCUUUGAAAAUGGGUGGAAUUCUUCAUAUUCAGAGAUUGAAGGGGCAUUUUAAGUGGAGGGAAGGCAAACAGGCAUAGAUGUGCCAAGACAAGGGCAUGUGAGGAAGAAUAAGGAGUCCGGUUGGGCUGGAGCAUAUAGUAUAGGUAAGGGAAGGGACAGAUAAGACUGGUAUCAGGGUGGGGGCACUUGAAUGUCCGGCUACAAAGUCGAAGCUUAUUGAUAAUGGAUGAUUUGGGGGGGCCUUUGAGCAGGAAUGGUGAUAUAAUCAAUGUUGGCUUAGAACAGUUCCGUUGGUCAAGUUGAGUGUUAGGAAGGGGACAGUUGGGAAAGACAAGGAUGGGAAGAUGAACCCCAGAGGAAUGAAUGAGGCUUGAGCUUGGCAGGUGGCAUCAGAAGGAAGAUAGGUGUGACACUUUGUAGAAAUAGACCCAGUAGAUCAGGGACCUAGGA